AUGGUAUCCAAAGCAUUGUUCUCACUCUUGGCAGUCCUCUUCUGCGCCCAAGCCGUUUUUGGCAUUACCAUCAUCUCCAAGUCAGAAUGGGGUGCUGCUCCCGCCAACGGUAAAACAACCUUGGGCAAUGGUUUGGCCUAUGCCGUCAUCCAUCACACCGCUGGUAACUACUGCUCCACCAAGGCUGCCUGCAUGCAAGAAUUGAGAAAUAUCCAAAGCUACCAUCAAAAGACUUUGGGCUGGGCCGAUAUUGGUUACAACUUCUUGAUCGGUGGUGAUGGCAACAUCUAUGAAGGUCGUGGCUGGAACGUUAUGGGUGCCCAUGCUACCAGCUGGAACGCCAAGUCCAUUGGUAUCUCCUUCAUGGGUAACUACAACAACAACAAACCCACUGCUGCUCAAAUCUCUGCUGCCAAGAGCCUAUUGGCUGCUGCUGUUUCCCGUGGUCAAAUUGUCUCCGGCUAUACUUUGUACGGUCAUCGUCAAGUCGGCUCCACUGAAUGUCCUGGCACCAACUUGUGGAACGAAAUCAAGCAAUGGCCCAACUGGAAGGCUUAAUUGUUUUUUU